AUGACGCCAAGCUACCCCCGGAAUUCCCAGGUUUUUAGCCUCGACCCGGCCGACGGCUCCAUUCUCGCCCGCUGGAGGCUCCACCCACAUCGUCAAGACAUCCCCUUCCUGAUCCGCUACAAAGAAAUAGGCACCGAUGGCUGGACCUAUCAACGAAGCCGUGGCCCCAGCCAACGUCUCGCCCUCCCCGCCCUACACAACAACGAACAAAUUGAACUACAGGUCCGCACCGACGAGCGAACGAAUGACCAUUGGAGCGACCCGUUGCUGAUUACCGUACACCAAAAGACAAGUAUCGAAGGCGUUCGAGUGACGGACGAGCAGCUUCUACCCCCUCUGAACUUCAAGGCAACCAUCAAGGACCCGCAUGCCGUCAAACUGGAGUGGGAGCCGGCUGGGCAAGAUCCAAGCAUCUUCUACCUGGUACACGUCAAGCAGAUGACUUCGAGAAGUGGGGUGCCACUGCAUAGACAGCAGAUAAAAACAGCUGCCACCAGUUUCGAGCUGGGCGGCCUAGAGGGUGGUGCACGGUACGAGUUGGCCGUAAGGAGCGCUGUACCCUCAAAAAUCUCCCAUACUGCUGCGAUUGUGGACAUCAGCAUGCCCAGGGGUAAGUCUUUUCGAAAGCCCGAAUUCGGA